CAGAGGGCGUGGCCAGCACGUCCAUAGCAAGUCUUGCAAGUUCGUGAGGUCCGUCUGAGCCUGCGAAGACGUGUGGUUAAUAUCGCAUCGCUGGUUACCUGCAGAGACGACCAUAGCUAAGGUCCAACAAUGCAAUCCCAGGAGCUCCUGAAGCAACUGCACCUCCCCGGUGUGGAUGAUGUGCGGCAGUACCUGCGCAGCCUGUCCACACACACACUAGUGGGAGUGGGGGCCUUCACUGCCCUCACCGCCUACUGGUACAUCAGCCGGCCCAAGGCCCUGAAGCCGCCAUGUGACUUAAGAAUGCAGUCAGUUGAGGUUCCGGGAGGAAAGUAUGCCCGCAGGUCUGCGCUGAUGGACAGCGACAAACACAUGACCCACCUGUACGAAGACGCCAAGACCUUGUAUGAGUUCUUCCUCAGGGGGGUACGGGUCUCCAAUGAUGGCCCUUGUCUUGGAGCAAGAAAACCAAAGCAGCCGUAUGAGUGGCUGUCAUACUCCCAGGUAGCGGAGAAGGCAGAGAACCUGGGAUCCGCUUUGCUCCACUGGGGACACUCCAAAACCAAAAACCAGUUCGUCGGCAUCUUUGCUCAAAACCGACCAGAGUGGACAAUUUCUGAUCUGGCCUGCUAUACCUACUCCUUGGUGCCUGUACCUUUGUAUGACACUCUAGGCAAUGAGGCCAUCUCCUUCAUCAUCCACAAAGCCAGCCUUUCCACCAUACUGUGUGACGUUCCUGAGAAGGCCAGGCUGGUUCUGGACUGUGUGUCUGACAGGGAGCACAACGUUCGAACCAUAAUACUAAUGGAGCCUUUUGAUGAUGACCUGGUGGCCAAGGGGAAGGAGUGUGGCAUCGACAUCCUCAGUCUGAGCAAAGUGGAGGCUGUCGGCAAGGCCCACCACUUCAAACCAGUGCCUCCCAGUCCUAAAGAUAUGGCUGUUGUCUGCUUCACCAGUGGAACCACAGGAACCCCGAAGGGAGCCAUGCUAACACAUGAGAAUGUUGCUUCCAACAUCUCUGCCUUCAUCAAACUCAUUGGGGAUUACAUCAAAUUGGACCACCAUGAUGUUCACAUAUCCUACCUGCCCCUUGCCCAUAUGUUUGAGAGGACUAUUCAGGGGCUCAUUCUGGUGCACGGGGGGCAGAUUGGUUUCUACCAGGGAGACAUUCGUUUGCUGAUGGAUGAUGUCUCCACCCUUCGGCCCACAGUGUUUCCUAUGGUGCCACGCCUCCUCAACAGGUUGUUUGACAAGAUCCACGGGCAGGCAAACACCUCCCUCAAAAGGUGGGUGUUGGACUUUGCCUACAAGAGGAAGGAGGCGGCGCUACUGAGUGGCAUCGUUAGGAGGGACAGCAUAUGGGACAAGCUCCUCUUUAGCAAAGUACAGGCCAGCCUGGGAGGACGGGUGCGUUUGAUGAUGACAGGUGCUGCUCCAGUGUCUGCCACAGUCCUGAUGUUCCUGCGUGCCGUGCUGGGCUGCCAUUUUUAUGAGGGAUAUGGACAGACUGAAUGCACAGCUGGCUGCACGAUGUCAGUGCCAGGGGAUUGGACAGCAGGUCAUGUUGGAGCGCCCCUGCUCUGUAACACUGUGAAGCUGGUGGAUGUGGCUGACAUGAAAUACCUGGCUGCCAAUGGAGAAGGAGAGGUGUGUGUCAAAGGAGCCAAUGUGUUCCUGGGGUAUCUGAAUGAUCCAGAGAGGACAAAGGAGACCAUUGAUGCUGACGGGUGGGUCCACACAGGGGACAUUGGCAAGUGGUUACCGAAUGGUACUUUGAAAAUCGUGGACAGGAAGAAGCAUAUCUUUAAGCUGGCCCAGGGAGAGUAUAUUGCACCAGAGAAGAUUGAGAAUAUCUACACCCAUUGUGAUGCUGUGGCACAGAUCUUUGUGCAUGGGGACAGCCUGCAGGCAUGCCUAGUGGCCAUCAUUGUGCCAGACCCAGACUACCUGCCUGUCUGGGCUAAGAAAAGAGGACUGGAGGGAUCCUACACAGAGCUCUGCAACAACAUGGAUUUAAAAAAAGCCAUUUUAGAGGACAUACUGAAAUUAGGGAAUGAUGCUGGCCUGAAGUCCUUCGAGCAGGUGAAGGACAUCAGCCUGCACACAGAGAUGUUUUCUAUCCAAAAUGGCCUUCUCACUCCCACCCUCAAAGCAAAGAGAGCCGAACUCAGGAACUACUUCAGGGAGGAGAUUGAAAAACUGUACUCAGGGAUCAAGAUGUGAACAGUGGGACAAAGGAAGGCACCUGGAGAUGGUAGAAGUCUUUGAUGCCACUGAUUUAGGAUCUCUGUGAGACCGGGGCCAUGGAUUCCCUCUGCCCUGCGUGGCCAGAGCUCUCUGUCUCAGUAGAAAACACAGUAGGAUCAAAGGGGAAGAAGAAACUGGUUGAUGUUACCAUCAAUUGUACAUGAAUGAUGCCAUAUAGCAAUUGUUGGUAAUGUAAAUAACACCACAUACAAGUGCAUACUGUCAUUAAAUAAAACCACUCCAUACUUCAUUAGUAUUCUUAUGAUCCCACAUGGCAAAUUUGUCAGGGCUGCUUUUUCUAAACUAUGUGUUUCUAAGCACAAAACCUCACUGCUGACUAAUUGGGUAGCUGUAUUGUGAGCAAAAUAUUUUUACAGAGGUGUUUCAGGUGACUUUCAAUAGUUACAUUGAAUUAAAUGUAUCCGUGCCAACAUGCCUAUUUCAUUUUAAUUAUCUUUUAUGUAAGUAUAUAUCAGUCUACGUAAAUUCCAAUAAAGACUUCUGGAUUUUUUAAAUACACUUUUAGGGGAUUCUGGAACCAUGAAAAUGGGAAUUUAAUUUUAGGAGACAUCUGAAUAAAGGUCUUGUAAUAUUUUUAAAAGUUAAGAUACACCAAUACAUUAAUGUUUGUAAUCCAAUGUGUUUGCUUUGAUGGACAACUGUAACUAUUGCUGAAUGAAUUACGACUCAUCAAAUUAAGACUGAUCUCAGGCAUUUCAUCCUUUUAAAUGUUCUCAUUUUCCAUAUUAUCCUCACACUCAAAUCCCCACUUAAAUGUGAUUUAUUUCAAUAUAAAAUAUCAGCAAAACCGUAAUUGUAAUCCUGAGAGAGGUCUCAGUCUGUCAUUCAUUAAUUUCAAUGCCAUUACUUUAGAUAUGCCAAUUAUUUUUAAAGAAAAUAUUUGUAUGUGUAAAUUAUUUGUGUUGGGAAAUAAUUCAAAUGAAUGACUUAAUUUCAUUGUUGUAUUAGGUUGGGUUGUGAUUUGCUGUCUUUGUGCACAACUUGUAUCACAAGCAUAAUCAGAUUGAAUGUAGCACAGGUUAUAACCUGAAUGGUGCUGAUGUAUUCUCACUAAAAUGUUCUUUGGUAUUUGUUUUGUAAAAAAUAAAAUAAACAGAUGUCAAUUUA